AUGCGUGUUGGUAACAACCUAGCGUGUCCCAAUCCUACGACGGUUCUCGAUUUUCUUGACGCGGAGACUCAGCUGGGCCGGCUUGACAAGAUUCACGAUGAUCUCUGGCUAGCAGGACGACCUGUUCCACCGCGACCUCUCUAUACCCAACGGAUCCUCAAACGCGAUAUCUACAUUACCGAAGACCUGGACAUGCACCUGGUCUGGGGCGAUGGGCGUAUCUACCUCAAGCCACUGCCUAUUUUCAUGCUGGAGCCGUGCUUUUGGACCGAGGCCUUGCAGUGCUGUUGCAAAACGCCGCAAUAUCAACCCCCUCAACAGUCUUCCAGCGAAGGCUCAUGCGUAUGCGAGCGGCUGGGCCAGUGCAGAAAGCGUGCCCGGGGCCUUCUGUUCUCCUACACUGGUCUAGUGUCCAACAAGAGCGACCACGCCAUCGCCCUGGCGAACGGUCUCUUCCCCGCAAGCCUGACUUGGCCCAAAUGGCAAAGGAUGGCCGCGCACACCCUGAGCAACCCUGACCUCUACAACUCGAUCGACCGCCGAUUCUGGUACGGCGAGCUCCGCCUCACCAGACUGAAUAAAAUAUUUUUCUACAAGUACACGCCCGGAAAGCAGUACAAGUCGCAGUGGAACCAGUAUAGCUCCUUUUUUGAUGACAACUUGGGCUUUAUAGUGAGCACCUUUGCUUACGUAGCCAUCAUCCUGACAGCGAUGCAAGUCGGGCUUGCUACGGAGCUUCAGCACAACACCUCUUUCGAGUCGAUGUCUUCCGGUUUCACCAUCUUCGUCAUCAUAGGUCUCGUCGUUGCCCUCAGCUUCGUCAUGAUUGCGUUCCUGUAUCUCUUCGCGAACAACUGGGUGCAUACGAAGAAUUUUGAGAAGAAGAGGUUCAAAGAGUUCCACGAAUACGGAAACUUUGUUGUCCGCUCCAAGGGUGUAGCGGCGAUGUAG